AUGAGGAUCGAGACGUGCUAUUUCUGCUCGGCGCCUGUGUACCCGUCCAAGGGUAUCACAUUUGUCCGCAACGACGCAAAAGCCUUCCGCUUCUGCAAAUCAAAAUGCCACAAGAACUUCAAGAUGAAGCGCAACCCUCGCAAGCUCGCUUGGACAAAGUCUUUCCGCCGCGCCCACGGCAAGGAAAUGACCGUCGAUAGCACCCUCACCUUCGCCCAGCGCCGCAACAUCCCCGUGCGUUACAACCGCGACCUCGUACACACCACGCUCAAGGCCAUGUCACGGGUAUCCGAGAUUAGGGCAAGGAGAGAGAGGGCCUUCUACAAGGCCCGCAUGCGCGGCAACAAGCAGAGGCAGCGCGAGGAGGACAGGAAACUCGUCGAGGAGAACCAGCACUUGCUGCCACCGAGUGAGAGGUGGGCGAAGGAGGAAUUGGAGCAAGAGGACGUGCAAGUCGACCUGCAGAAGGUCAAGGAGAAGGUCGCGGCGAGAAGGAAGGAGAUUGCGGCCGAGGAGAGUGAGCUGGACAGCGAUCUUGAGGAGACGCUGCCUAAGAGCAAGAGCAAGAGGAAGUUGAAGAUGAAGGUCGGCGGUGGCGUUGACGCUAUGGACGUCGACGAGUAA